CUUCCUGUUUUUACAACUUUUGUUCCAGACCUAGUUCGGUAUUCACAAACUGUGUAUCUGAUAUUGCUACAGACUGCUGUUGAUUUGGCCAUUUAAUACUUAUCUUUCUUAUCACUAAUAUGGUUACCAACUGGAGGCAGAAGUCUCAAUAGUGUAUAUAGAAACAAUGGAUAAUCUACAUGCUGUUUCCACCUCUGGACAAAGUCACCACUCUCCAGGGUUGAGGAUUGUGUUAAUAGGUGGGAGAGAACUAAAUGGCAAUUCCAGUAAUAAGAGUGCAACUGGCAACAUCAUACUGGGUGAAAGUGUUUUUGACACCAACAGAAGAACUGCCCAGAGUGUUGUGAAGCAGAAGGAGGUCCAUGGCAGACAAGUCGCUGUGGUUGAUACUCCAGGCUGGUGGUGGCACUACCCACUGGGAAACACCCCAGUGCUGGAUCAGAUGGAGAUCAGGAACAGUGUCCAUCUGUGUCCCCCGGGGCCUCAAGCCUUUCUACUAGUCAUUCCUAUUGGUAUUAUGUUUCCUAAGAUCUUCAAAGUAUCAUUAAAGGAGCACUUGAAACUCUUCCAUGAAGCAGUGUUUCAUCACACCAUUGUGCUGUUUACGGUAGAUAGUCCAUACAGUCGUGAACAAUUGGAAUAUGAAAUCAGUUUGUGGUCAGACUUGCAGUGGGCUCUUAAACAAUGUGGAAACCGCAGACAUGUUCUCAAUGUCAGAGACAGUCAGGAUAGCACUCAAGUCACACUGCUGUUCAACAAAAUAGAUGAAAUGAUUGCAGAAAAUGCUGGUAGUCACUAUUCUGUUGAUAGUGCUGAUGGGAAUGCUCUGAGAGAGGAGAUGGAAGCGCUGGUUGAAAGGGCAUCAAAGAGGGUUGCUGAAGUGCAGACAAAGAGAAAGAAACUCAGAGCAUUGAUUGAAGGUGGCAUAACACCCCCAACUCAUUUAAGAAUAGUGAUGGUUGGGGCACAAUGGUCGGCCAAGAGCUCGGCAGGCAACACAAUCCUGAAAAAAGAAGCAUUUACUUUUCGUCACACAAGAGCAACAGAGUACUGUGAAAUAGGCCACAGCAUGGUGGCAGACAGGCAGCUCACAGUGGUAGAUUCCCCUGGCUGGUUCUACAAUCAAAGCCUUCAGGACACCUGUGAGAUGGAUAAACUUGAAAUAGAGAACAGCAUGCAUCAGUGCCCUCCGGGACCCCAUGCAGUGCUCCUGGUGGUCGGCCUGGCAUCCGCAUUCAACGCAUCAUACCAGAGAGCAGUCCAGGAGCACAUGAGUUUGUUCAAGGAUGAAGUCUGGAAGCACACGAUCGUUCUGUUCACCAGAGGUGACUGGCUGGGAGUGAAGACUGUGGAAGAGCGCAUAGAGAGUGAGGAAGGUCUGCAGUGGCUCAUGGACAAGUGUGGGAACAUGUAUCAUGUCCUGGACAACACGAACCACGGCGAUGAGACGCAGGUAACGGAGCUCCUCGAGAAGGUUGAAGAGAUGUGGGCGGGAAACAAAGAUCCUUAUUAUGAAGUUGACCUGGGCCGUGCACAACAGUUGGAAGCAAGGAAAGAGGUCACAGACAAGAUGGCUAUAAGGAUCAGACAGAUGACUCAAAGACAAGAAAGAAUAUUAAGAGAGUUGUUCAGAGGGGAGAGGCAUAAAAGCAAAGACAUGAGGGUCGUACUUCUGGGGAGAAAAGAGUCAGGGAAGAGUAUGCUUGGAAACAGGAUCCUCUUUGAAGAGCUAUUUGAAACAGCUUGGAUGAAGAAGGAAUUCCAAGGUCAGAGAUUAACCUCGACCUGUGUAAAACAUCAAAGAAAUGUUGCUGGAGUAAAUAUCUCAGCCGUUGAGGCGCCAGGCUGGUUGACCGAGACGAUGACAUCCGACUGGCUCAGAAGUGAAGUUCUCCGCAGUGUCUCCAUGUGUGCUCCGGGGCCCCAUGUUUUUCUCUUGGUUGUUCCCAUUUCUAAAGCCUUUACAGAGAAAGACCGCAAAGCAGUGGUUGACCUCUUGAGGCCAUUUGGUGAGAGCGUCUGGAGACACUGCAUGGUGCUGUUCACCUGGAAAGACUGGCUCAAUAACAGGUCCAUCGAGGAGUACAUCGCCACGGAAGGCCAAGACCUGAAAUGGCUCGUGGAAAAGUGUCGAAACAGAUACCACGUUCUCACGUGCAAUCGUUUUCAUGACAGUUAUCCAGUCAUAGAGAUGUUCCGGAAAGUUACUGACAUGAUAACACAAAACAAUGGCCUCUGCUUCACCACUGAAGACAACAACCAGAAAGUGGUGCAGCAAGGAAUGCAGCGAGUGCUGACAGAGGAGCAGUGGAACAGUAGGCAGCAGGAGCUGAUAGACCGGAUGUUGAAAGCUUUAGCACAAGAACCCGAGGAACCAACUGUGCCACCUGUGAAGAUGGCCGCUAGCUUGGAUGGAGCCUUCAUUCCAAGCAUGGGCGGAGAUGUUCCCUCAGUAGUUGGAACAUUUUGUUAUCAAAGAGCACGCGCCAAGGUGUCCGAAUGGCUGAGCCUUAAAUAUGGAAACUCUGAUGUAACCUCCGGGGUUGGCAGCACGAGCGCCUCGGCCAGUCAUGUGGAGAAGUGGGACGGCAGCACUCUGACAGAUGACGGUCAUCAAACAAGUUGUUUUUUGCCAGAGAAAAGCACAAUGAAGUUAGAUACUGUUCUCUGUGCCAGGGCCUCCACAGAGACCCAACGCAGGCACUCUUUAUAAGCAAAACAGAUGUAGCACUCAAGCAGGUUGGAAACAAAGUACACUCUGACAAUGACAAAAUAUACUACAGGGAAGCACUGCUUUCCAAUCCAAACACAGCUGAAUGCUAAUAUGGAUCUACAGUAUAUCUAGUGAUACUGGUUUCUGAUGGCUGAACUUCCUGAUAUUUUAACCAGCAUAAAGACCUUUUAUUCUAUCUAUCUAAGAUCUACAUUUAAUCACUGAAUGUUAUUUAAUCAUGUAAAUGCAAGGAUUAUAAUUUUGUCUGUUUACUGUAGCAUGUCCUAAAACCUUUGGAGUGGAAACGGUAGUAGCAGUGCUGGGUUACUUCUCACUGAGAUCAGCAAAUAAAAAGUGUUUGUUCAUGUUUUUACAUCACUGACCUGAAAAGAAUACUGAAAAUACUGUAAAAUAGUGUCCAACAAGAAAUGAAAAUACAUAGUCAUGCUUUUAUAUUAACCUAACUAUAAUAACAUGUUAUAUCUGUAUAGAAUCAUUUAAUCGUAGAGGAUGUGAAAAAUAAUAAUGGCAAUGCUGUUCUGGCUUAUACUAUGACAUAACCUGUCAUCUUCAAUAAAUAUCUAAUACGAAUCAA